GCUCCCGGCGGGGGCGGCGGUGGGUCGGGAGGGCCUGGACAUGGCGCUGAGGGGCCGCCCCGCGGGAAGAUGAAUAAGGGCUGGCUGGAGCUGGAGAGCGAUCCGGGCCUCUUCACCCUCCUGGUGGAAGAUUUCGGUGUCAAAGGCGUGCAGGUGGAGGAGAUCUAUGACCUUCAGAGCAAAUGCCAGGGCCCCGUGUAUGGAUUCAUCUUCCUGUUCAAAUGGAUCGAAGAGCGCCGCUCCCGCCGCAAGGUGUCUACCUUGGUGGAUGACACGUCUGUGAUCGAUGACGAUAUUGUGAAUAACAUGUUCUUUGCCCACCAGCUGAUCCCCAACUCUUGUGCCACUCACGCCUUGCUGAGCGUGCUCCUUAACUGCAGCAAUGUGGACCUAGGGCCUACCCUGAGUCGCAUGAAGGAUUUCACCAAGGGCUUCAGCCCUGAGAGCAAAGGAUACGCAAUUGGCAAUGCCCCGGAGUUGGCCAAGGCACACAAUAGCCAUGCCAGGCCCGAGCCACGCCACCUCCCUGAGAAACAGAAUGGCCUUAGUGCAGUGCGGACCAUGGAGGCGUUCCACUUUGUCAGCUAUGUGCCUAUCACAGGCCGGCUUUUUGAGCUGGAUGGACUAAAGGUCUACCCCAUUGACCAUGGGCCCUGGGGAGAGGAUGAGGAGUGGACAGACAAGGCCCGGCGGGUUAUCAUGGAGCGCAUCGGCCUCGCCACUGCAGGGGAGCCCUACCACGACAUCCGCUUCAACCUGAUGGCAGUGGUGCCCGACCGCAGGAUCAAGUACGAGGCCAGGCUGCAUGUGCUGAAGGUGAACCGUCAGACAGUACUGGAGGCCCUGCAGCAGCUGAUUAGAGUUACACAGCCAGAGCUGAUCCAGACCCAUAAGUCUCAAGAGUCACAGCUGCCUGAGGAGUCCAAGCCAUCCAGCGGCAAGUCCCCUGUGGGGCUGGAGGCAGGCAGGGCUUUAGCGGCCCCUGAAGGCACCCACACAGAUGGUGUGGAGGACGUGGCUGGUUCAUGCCCACAGGCCCUGGCCCACAGCCCACCUGGCAAACCCAAGCUGGUGGUGAAGCCUCCAGGGAGCAGCCUCAACGGGGUCCCCCCCACCCCCGCCCCCAUUGUGCAGCGGCUGCCGGCCUUUCUAGACAAUCACAACUAUGCCAAGUCCCCCAUGCAGGAGGAGGAAGACCUGGCAGCAGGCGUGGGCCGCAGCCGCGUGCCAGUGCGCCCACCCCAUCAGUACUCAGAUGACGAGGAUGACUAUGAGGAGGAGGAGGAGGAGGAGGUGCACAACGCCAGCUCUGCCGUCAGAUACAAGCGGAAAGGGCCAGGGAAGCCUGGGCCAUUGAGUGGUUCUGCGGACGGGCAGCUGUCAGUGCUACAGCCCAACACUAUCAACGUCUUGGCCGAGAAGCUUAAAGAGUCCCAGAAAGACCUCUCAGUUCCUCUGUCCAUCAAGACCAGCAGUGGGGCUGGGAGUCCAGCUGUAGCGGUGCCUGCGCACUCUCAGCCCUCCCCCACCCCCAGCAACGAGAGCACGGACACAGCCUCCGAGAUCGGGAGUGCUUUCAACUCGCCCCUGCGCUCCCCCAUCCGCUCGGCCAACCCAACGCGGCCCUCCAGCCCUGUCACCUCCCAUAUCUCCAAGGUGCUUUUUGGAGAGGAUGACAGCCUGCUGCGGGUGGACUGCAUACGCUACAACCGUGCUGUCCGGGAUCUGGGCCCUGUCAUCAGCACAGGCCUGCUGCACCUUGCUGAUGACGGGGUGCUGAGUCCCCUGGCGCUGACAGAGAGUGGGAAGGGUUCCUCGCCCUCUGUCAGACCAAGUCAAGGAAGCCAGGGCUCCAGCAGCCCAGAGGAGAAGGAGGUGGUAGAAACCACAGACAGCAGAGAGAAGACUGGGCUGGCUAGGCCCGGUGAGCCCUUGAGUGGGGAGAAGUACUCACCCAAGGAGCUGCUGGCACUGCUCAAGUGUGUGGAGGCUGAGAUUGCCAACUAUGAGGCCUGCCUCAAGGAAGAGGUAGAGAAGAGGAAGAAGUUCAAGAUCGAUGAUCAGAGAAGGACCCACAACUAUGACGAGUUCAUCUGCACCUUCAUCUCCAUGCUGGCUCAGGAAGGCAUGCUGGCCAACCUGGUGGAGCAGAACAUCUCGGUGCGGCGGCGCCAAGGGGUCAGCAUUGGCCGGCUCCACAAGCAGCGGAAGCCUGACCGCCGGAAACGCUCUCGCCCGUACAAGGCCAAGCGCCAGUGAGGACUGCUGGCCAUGACUACAGCCCGCUCUUGCCGUGCGGCCCUCCCCGGGGCCCCUCCCUGCCCACUCCCCCUCGUCCCAGUAUUACCAAAUAGUUCCAGUCGAAGAGCUCGAGCCCUGGGAAUGGGAGCCAGGCCAUAUCGCACCCUGGGGCCUGGCAGAGGCAGGCCAGCCCUGUCGUGCUCAGGAAGCAGCAGCUGGAGAUGGGGCCCAGCAGGGUGCUGCGCUCCCUCCACAGCCGGCUGUGGAGCAGCAGGACCCAGCCCUUCUGCCUGGACAGCAGAAUAUAUAUUUUACUUAUGGAAGACGUCUAUUUUUCUGGGCUCCAACUCAUCUUGCCACCAUGUUGACGGAGUUGGCUUUCUGACUCUGCUUUCUCUCCCAGCAGCCAUCGUCCUGGUAGGCCCAGGCCCUUGCAUCACAUCAGGGUCAUAGCUGCAGAGCCUGGGAAGGCACCGAGCCCUCUGUUCAGGCCACAGCCACCAGCUUGUCCCUGUCGUGAGGAAACCAGGCUCACCAUCCCUUCCUCUUGGGAGAGCCAAAGUUGGACCUGGCUGCUGGGCUGGCUUGGGAGGUGGGAUGAGCACAGGUGGGAUGAGCAGCUGCUGGGAUCCCAUGGCCCGAGCAGACAAGGGUUUGAGCUGUCUGGUGGUCUAACUUGUCCUAGCUCUAGCCUAGCCGGGCUUGUUGAGACUGUCCUCCAAAGCAAGGCUCUGGGGCUCUUUGCCUUCAGUGUUGUGGGCCUGGCUGUGGGCCUGCCUGGGGCUCAGGAGCCUCUGCCCAGCCCCUCAGUAUUACCAUGUCUCCCUCCUCUUAGAGAUGGUGGAGCCAGGGCUGCUUGCAGGAAGCGGAUGCCACUCGGCUCUCCCUGCUACGCCAGCUUCCACAGCCUCUGCAAGGCACUCAGGGUGGGGGGCAGCAGGAUCAAGAUAUCCAGUUUGGAGUUCCUGUGUUCCCAGAGGGUCUGAUGCCAAGUGGCAAUGGGCUUAGCCCUGGCUGCAGCUCAGGCCCCAACCUGGCCCCAUGGCCUCUGCCAGAUGGCUUUCUGAAGGUCAUUCAAGCAGGCCCUUUAUCUGUACAUAGUGACUGGGGGACCAGCAGGUAUGACCACUGCCUCUGUCUGGGCUGAGCAUGGCCUGACCCCUUGGCCCCUAUAAAUACUGGAUCAAUGAAUGAAUAAAAUCCUGAGA